AUGUCUGGCCCGCCAUUCUUCUCUCGAACCGUUGCAAACAGGCUGUUCUCUCUACCAGAGUACCAGAAGGCCGAGAGAAUAGGCGUGUACCUGUCAAUGCCGUCAGGUGAGCUAUCAACUACAGCGAUAGUGGAAGACGCCUUGAAGAACAAUAAGCAAGUCUUUGUGCCAUACAUCCAUAGCAUUGAGACCACGACGACGCAGCAAAAGACGUCAGUAAUGGAUAUGCUCGCGUUGGACUCAAUGGAGGAGUUCAUGUCUCUGGAGCCUGACAAAUGGGGCAUCCCGUCGCUCACGAAGGCACAAGCUCAAAGCAAGAAGAACUGCUUUGGCGGAACUGGCCUGUACCAGGCACUAGCUAAGGAUACUACGGCUGGGUCGUCUGGGCUAGACCUGAUCGUAAUGCCAGGAAUGGCUUUUGAUACCGGUUUCAGAAGACUGGGUCAUGGAAAAGGAUACUAUGACAGCUUCUUGACGAGAUACUUGAGAUGGGAAGCUGAAAUGGGAUUAAGCACGCGAAGCAUGCCCUUACUCGUCGCCGCCUCUCUCAAGGAGCAAACGCUUUCCCCACCCGAAGAAGUUCCCGUUACCAACCAUGACUGGCUUGUAGAUGUCGUGAUAGUUGGUGAUGACCGGUGUCUCGUGCGCCAGCAGUAA